CUAUGAGUGCCAUAACGGCGCCCCUAUAUGGAUUAGGGGCGGCAGCCGCUUCCAACGUGGCCAUGUUCCUGCCAGCUUUAGUUGCUGCAAUAGCCUACUUUCAAUAUGAAGAACUGGAUCCUGAAAGUGCUGUGGUUGCGAGCAGGCUCAGCGAAAUCUUCAAUUGGAAAAUACUACUUUUGGAAGCAGGCGGAGAUGAAACGGAAAUAUCGGAUGUACCAGUCAUGGCAGCCUACCUACAUCCGGGCCAACAAUGGCCAUAA